GAGUGGCACCAUGCCUAAGUUUCUUUGUGAAUCUAGCCCUUUCUGUGCAUGCUACUGCCUCUCUUUGUUAUGUCUAUCUGGUUUCUGGUCACACUGCAGCCAGUGGGAGCCAGAAUUAAGUCCUUCUCCAAAAUAAACAAUUAGGGAAAAAUAACCAUCUGUAAUUCCAAUAGCAGCCCUAGUUCUAAGCAUCCAGGCUGGCUAUAUGUCCAUGGUAGUCUUUUUGUUGUGAUGUUACUGUCCUGUGUAGUCACUAAACUCAUCAAUAAAAUCUUUUUUAAAGCAACAUUUGGUUUAAAAGUCUGAGAGGAAAAUGAGUGUUAAAGUAAUUAGAUUUCCAGUCCCAGUUUCCAUGUGAGGAUAUAAUUGGAACAUUUGUUCCAAUUACAUUUGCUUUAUAGUUCAGUAUGAAUUUUCAAUAGAUAGGUUUGAGAUAAGAAAGCAGCAAUUCAAAUGCAAUUAUAUAAACAGUACGCUCAGCCUGGUAUUAGCUUGGAGAGUAUAAAGCACGGUGAGAGCUUGUGCUAGGUCAGAGCCUCUCCAACUCCACAAUGCAGACUCAGGCUCCUGUAUUGAGGAAAGAUUCAGCUGCCAACAGCAUGAGUCCCAUCUUUCUGAUGUCCCUUCUCUUUGGCCUGACUUUUGGGCAGGCAAUGUCUUUUUGUGCGCCCACUGAGUAUAUCAUCCACGUGGAGAAGAGAGAAUGUGCCUACUGCCUGGCCAUCAACACAACCAUCUGUGCUGGAUUCUGCAUGACACGGGACAGCAAUGGUAAGAAGUUGCUCCUCAAAAGCGCCCUGUCCCAGGAUGUGUGCACGUAUAAAGACCUGGUGUACAGAACAGUGGUACUCCCUGGCUGCCCACGACACAUCGUCCCCUAUUACUCUUACCCAGUGGCGACGAACUGCAAGUGUGGUAAAUGUAACACUGAUUACAGUGACUGCAUUCAUGAGACAGUCAGGACAGACUAUUGCACUAAACCACAGAAGUCCUAUAAUGUGUGAGCUUAUUACUGAAUGAGGUAGAAAUGUACCUUCUGCCCCACAGUUAGCUAGUGGCUAUCUAUAGCUGAAUCAUGAAUAAAAUUGUA